AUGGAAAUCUCCCUGGGCAGUGAACCAGGAGCACCAGGAAGCCAGUGGUGGCUCCAGAGAAUUGGUCUGGCCAUAGCAGUGGAUUCUAUCACCUCCAGCUCAGCUUUGGGAUCCAACAUUUCUCUUCAACAAGCACUCGUUGAACCUUCCUGCAUCAACCUGGGGACAUCACUUCCCAUGGCAGUUUUUCAGACCACUCCAUGGAGGCUGAUUUCUGGAAGCUUGGGGGUUAUGUGCCUUUUGUUGAUUGCAACUUUGGGGAUUUUAUUGGAAAAUUCAUUUACCAAACAAAGUAUUCAGCCAACAUUCUCUCCAGGCCCAACCACAGAACCCCAAAAAGGCUCUGGCUGCUGUUCUUGCCCAGAAAAGUGGAUUGGGUACCGAUGCAAUUGUUACUUCUUUUCUAAUGAAGUAAAAACUUGGACAGAAAGUAGAGAUUUCUGUGCUUCUCAGAAUUCCCAUCUGCUUCAUCUGGAAAGCAAAGAUGAAUUUAGUUUUAGUAACUUUGGACAUUUUUACUGGCUUGGGCUCUCUUAUAAUGAAACACGAGGCACCUGGUUGUGGGAAAAUGGCUCAACUCUCUCCCAGGAUCUAUUUUCAUUCUUUCAAACCCUAAAUCCACAAAACUGCAUAUUGUAUAAGCCAAGCAUGAAGUAUGUUUUGCAUGAAGAUUGUAAGAAAAACAAUCGUUUUAUCUGUAAGCAACGACCUAUUUAA